AUGCCAGAUCUGCAGCGUUUUAGUUUCCCGUACCAUAGCAUGAAUCCAUUGUUGGGGGCCCCGGCUCAUCUCCAACAACAUCCGCAGCCGAAUCAGGCCUCCGGACACCCAGAAUCCCCCUCGGGCCUCCUACCGGACGCCGUGUUCGGAUCUCCGGACCCGGCGUCUUUGCUGCUGGGUGAGCUCCCCGGUCCCGAGUAUCCGGGACCCGAGUUCCCCUCCCAGAGCUCGCCUUACCUGCACCACUAUCAGCAUCAGCACCACCAUCCCACGGUGCACCAUCCUCCCGCCGCCAUGGCUCUGCGCAACGACUUGGGCUCCAACAUCAGCGUGCUCAAAACCCUCAACCUGAGAUUCAGGUGCUUCCUGGCCAAGGUGCACGAGCUGGAGCGCAGGAACAAGGUUUUGGAGAAGCAGCUGCAGCAGGCGGGGGAGGCCAACAGCGGUUGCAGGCCGCACACGCAAGAGGCCGGCGUGCAGACGGGUUUCGUGGGGGCUAUCCCGCUCAGACCCGGCUCGCUCUCAUUCCACAACACCAACAACUCAGCCAGAAGGCCCACAAGCUUGUCCUGCCUGGCUCCCGACAACGCAGCUUCUACCCAAACCGACGCCGCUUGUCACCCGGCCAUCACCAUCAGCCAGGCGUCCCCAUCCACCGACUUGCCCGUGUCCAGAACCAGCGGCCGCUCGGUGACCACGGCUCCUCGCUUCCUACCGGGCACCAUCUGGUCCUACAAUCCCGCUCGCAGGUACGGGUCGGAGCAUCUGACCAGCCCGGGGGUCUCCUGGGUGCACCCGGAUGGAGUCGGUGUCCAGAUCGACACCAUCACCCCCGAGAUCAGAGCGCUCUACAAUGUCCUGGCUAAAGUCAAACGUGAGAGGGAUGAAUAUAAGCGCAGAUGGGAAGAAGAAUACACAAUGAGGACAGACCUGCAGCAAAAGAUUGCUGACUUGCAAGAGGACCUGCAAGAGAGCGAAGGCUGCCAGGAUGAGCUGGCCCUCCGAGUACAGCAGUUGAAGGCCGAGCUGGUUCUCUUCAAAGGCCUCAUGAGCAACAAUCUGUCCGAUCUGGACACCAAGAUUCAGGAGAAAGCCAUGAAAGUGGACAUGGACAUCUGCCGCAGGAUCGACAUCACGGCUCGCCUCUGUGACGUCGCCCAGCAGAGGAACUGCGAAGAUGUCAUCCAGAUGUACCAGGUUACAAACAACCAGCCGUCAUUAAGCCUGCGUCGCAAACAGACGCCCGUGUCCGUGAACGGCAGCGAGGGCGAUGAACCAGUCAGCACAUCCGAAAGCGACGCCGGCGCGGCCAAAGAGGACGAGCAGCAGCAGCAGCAACAGCAGCACGGCAACUCAUCAGCCACUCAGAUCAACGAAGAGAUGCAGAGGAUGCUCAACCACCUGCGCGAGUGCGAGUUUGAGGACGACUGUGACAGCCUGGCCUGGGAGGAGACGGAGGAAACGCUGCUGCUGUGGGAGGAUUUCCCAGGAUGCACUCUGCCUCCCGACCCCGCCCACCCGCCUGGAGAGGACGACUGUCUGGAAAAAGUGAUUAAUGACACUGAGUGCUUGUUCAAGUCCCGAGAGAAGGAAUACCAGGAGACCAUUGACCAGAUUGAGCUGGAGUUGGCGACAGCAAAGAGCGACAUGAACCGCCACCUGCACGAGUACAUGGAGAUGUGCUCCAUGAAGAGAGGCCUGGACGUCCAGAUGGAGACCUGCAGGAGACUCAUCACGCAAAGCGGCGACAAUAACGCGGCGGCGCAGACGUCCUCCGACGACAGCGACCAGCGAGAGAGCGACAGAAGCUCGGCGUCUCCGCCGUCCUCGGCCGGCGCCGGGAGGUCCUGACACCUGGCCGCUGCGGUCAGGUGAUCUGCAAAACACUAGCGUGCCGGCACAUCAACCCCCCCCCACCGUGGCCCGACAAACAUCAUCAUCGUCAUCACCGCAGUCCAAAUAUGUAUCUUCCACAUCGCCAUCUUACACCAGCUUGACAAAUGGACCGUUAAUGUGAGCAUUUAGUAGCAGUCCAGUCGCUGUAAAAUUAUUUCGUGUUACGAUUCGCACCAAGCAUGCGGAUGACGGUCACUUUCCCACUCAACGUUCCGACGUCACGAGUCAGCGUUUUCCUGCCUUACUGCCGCAGAGGGGAAGCUUGCGUUGGUUCCGCGCAGAAACUUUUAUCGGGCCGCGAAGCCGCGUGAAGCCGCAUUCGGUAUUUGGGGAAUGAAAUGUGCUUU